CUCACAGAGCACGCCCCGCUUCACUCAUUGGCCACCCCCAAAUCCCCAAACCCUCGCCGGCGCAUCCGCCGCCGACCAUGGCCGGUCCCCGGCAUUCGCCGUUCACCAACGUCGACCCCUCGACGGAGGACGAUCUGCGGAGGAAGGGCUUGGACCCGCAGGAGGUGGACCGAUCCACGGAGCAGCUACUCACCUACAUCUGCACCGAGCUCGUCCCCGCCCUCCCCGCCUCCGACGGCGUCAUCCUCAACGACGCCCACCUCCGCCCCAAAGGCAGCGUCUUUCCCCCCACGCCCGCCGACUCUCCGGCCAUCGUCGCCGCCGUCUCCACCAUCCUCGAGGCGCACACGGGGCCCAUCCCCCACGUCCGUCUCACCAGCAGCCACACGGGCGCGUACCAGGCCCAGCUCGCGCGCUGGCUCCAGCUCCUCGCCACCAGGGGCGUCCAGGAGCUCGUCCUCGUCAACCGCCCGUGGCCGCUCGACGUGCCCCUCCCGGCCGCGCUCUUCGGCAUCGCCAGCCUCGCCUGCCUCUACAUCGGCCUCUGGAAGUUCCCGGACGUGGCCGGGUCGCCGCGCAGCGCCUCCUUCCCCCGUCUCCGGGAGCUCGGCCUCUGCAGCGUCGUCGUGGAGGACGGCGACAUCGACUUCGUCGUCGCCCAGAGCCCCGUCCUGGAGACACUGAACAUCCAUGGAUCCAGCAAGGGGCUGAGACUUGGCCUCGUCAGUCAGAGCCUCCGGUGCGUCCAAAUUUGCGGCUCUGCUCUUGAGGACAUUGCCGUGGUGGAGGCUCCUCGCCUCGAGCGGCUCAUCCUGGAGGGGUUCCGGAGCAACGCCGGCGGCUUGUGCACCAGGGUCACGAUCGGCGAUGCUCCCAAGCUGCAAGCAUUAGGAAUGCUGGAGCCAGGGAACACCAUCCUAGAGAUCGGAGACACCAUCGGCAUGGCGAGCCCAGGCAGCAUGGCCACCAGCGUCAAGUUCCUGAGUCUGAAUGUGCGUUUCGGAAACCACAGCAAUGCCAAGAUGGUUCCCUCCUUCCUCGCCUGCUUUCCCAAUUUGGAGGCACUGCACAUCAUGUCUGAAAAAGGUGAUUAUGAAGCUGGCAGUGCCAGGCUGAAUCUCAACUUUUGGAAGCUGGUCAAGCCCACUGAAAACAUCAAGUCGUGCAUCAAGGUGUUCUCUUACAAAGAAUUCCGAGGGGAGCUCGGGGAGGUUGCCUUCCUCAAGUUCUUCUUCCGGAACGCGAGGGUGCUGAGCACUGCGUCCGUCUCCAUGGCUAACCCGAGCUUCACGUCAUUCUCGAUGGAUGAGGCGACUCAUAAAGCGCAAGAAGCUUCUAAGAAGAUGGCUAGUAGUUACUGCGAAGUGGUGCUUCUCGGGAGCACAGGCCCUGAAGGAGGCAAGCCCUGGAGCUUCAAGACAGGUACCGAUUACUCCUUUGAGGACCCUUUCUCAGUGGUGCAUAUUCGCCACAAUGCUUAAUAUCUGUGGAGCAAUGGAAGUUUUUCGGAUGUGACCUAUGAAAGCCUGCCUUGUAUCUGCUUCUUCUGCUAACCUGUGUCCUGACUUGUUGGUAUUACUAUCAUAUUUAAGACUUGCGUGAAA